AUGAGAGAGAGAUUUAGCCGCUGGAGUGCAGAAAACAAUUUCGUAAAGCGUCCGCGAGACAAAGUUGAUGCGAUCGAUACGAUCGAUGCGAACAAUACGGAUCUCAUGUCUGUCCUGGAGAAAAAAGGCGCCGUCUCUGCGGUACUCUAUCAUAGCGAACGUUCGCAGCCGGGCGCUACGGAUGUGUGGCCGGAUAUCCGCGAUAGCUCUAAGAUUCCAUCGCGCUACUUCCCCAUUUCUGACAGAUUCUCGAAUGGAUCGCGGCUGAAGCGGAGAGGUCUGAACGCACUUGACUCUGUCCGCCCAAGUAAGAUCCUUAAGCUCAAGGUGAGAUCCUUGCAGAACUUGAGGACAGUUGUGCCAGGCUGGCCAAAAGAGCGCCUACCAACAGAGAUGUUUGAGGAGAUCGCGAGCUAUCUCUCACGGGAUGACAUUAAGUCGAUGAGGUUGGUGUCCCGCGAGUUCGACAAGCACGUCUCGCAGGUCCUGUUUAGGACUGUCGUUGUUCCUUUCAAUACUGAAAUCUAUGGCAUGUUAGGCCAGGACAAGAAGCCGGACUACAAAGGAAAAGGAAAGAUCAAAGUUGAAGUAAACAAGGGCCUGUCGUGGAAAAACGCCAAUGGAGACGAUGUCUAUGAUGGCCAUGGAUUGGAUGUAUUCCGUGGGUUUGGGCCUCAUAUCCGGAAAUACGGCAUGAGCUUUGACGUUGAUGAAGAAGCUUUAGCGAAGCCGCCCUUCAAAGGCACCACUGAAAACCAUGCUAGCUUUUGGGGCAACUACGAAUGGCCGUUCGAAGAAUAUCGACGAUUCGAUGAUGUCGCCGGUCUUGAGUUGGCCGCCGACGAAACACCGAAGAUGAAGACAGCUUUCUCCAUGCUUCAGAAGGUCCAAGAGCUGGCGCUUUCACUAGACAGCGGUCUUGGCUGGCUCAAGGGCCCGGAUCGGUCCAUUCGUGCUAGAAUAAUCCGAAAGCAGCCGGAAGUCUUUGGUUCCUCCAAGGCUAUACCAGACCGCAAGGAGCAAGCCCAACAGGAGCUCUGGGCUUACCUCAAUCAAGUGCAUGACGAAGCAAAAGUUGAUCUGAAGACUGCCACUCUCUAUAGAAUGGCGGUCAACAUUCCGUUUAAAGAGUUGAAGCCUAUCAUUGACGCCCAUGCCGUCCCGGACAUGUUACUGAAGUUUCCCUACUUGGAUCCGUGCCUAGUUGCUGAAGCCACGCUAGACGAAUAUACCGUGGAGGACCGACGGGAUGAUCCAGCGGACGUGCCCGCCGAUGCUGACGUUUUGGUUCCUGACCCUGUUCUGACACUGGCUCCUUCUGUGGGAGUGCUGUAUUCGUCAGGCACCCCGCCAAGCGAUCUAGCUCAACUGCGAAGUUCAAUAGUUCCUACGAAGCUUUCGAAGGCGCAGAAAGAGUGGCUCAUGGAAACUGAAUGGGCACAGCGGGCAUUCCUCUCGUCGUACAUGUUGGCUAUCAUGGAUAAUCCGAUAACAUUUGAGACCGUCCACACGCUUAAUGUUGCUCGAAUAUCCAGUCGAUACACUUCCGCACUCUGUCGCCAGGAUUUCUGGGAUGCGUUACCGCAGCUGAAAACAGUCACGAUCCAAGUUCUCCCAGAUUGGCGGAAUGUGGUCAAGGACGACGCUGGAUAUGUGGAGACACCAUGUAUCGACCCUCAGCAUGCUAUUGAACCUUUCUACCAGCUACUCAAAAAGAUGAUUAGUCCCCGAAAGAAUAUCAAGAGCCUCACCAUUGGCUGGGCCGCUGGUGGCGAGCAUGCAGAAGGUAUACAUGCGAGGAACAAGCACGUGCUCCCAGCUCCAGUGCUUCUUAACAGCGAUGCGUUGCUGCUUGUUCCGAGUCAGAUUGGAGGUGUCAUGCUCUCAUUCCCCCACGUUGAGCAGCUCACGCUGCGCAACUGCUGGAUUACCCCGCCAGCACUGCAAGAAUUCGUCAAGAAGCACGACAAGACACGACUGAGCAAGCUAACACUUCAAUCUGUAUCAUUGACUGCAAUGCCGAGAGUAUUGGCCAACCAGAACGCGGCCCAGAAUGCCAACCAGAACGCCAACCAGAACGUAAACCAGAACUUCAACGGUUUCUUCAAUCUUCAGCAGGCGAUGGCCAACGUGCAACAAGCCCAUAAUGGGGCUCAUAACAAUGGAGCAAUCAAUCAGCCGAAUGCCGCAGGCUGGCAACUAGGACUACAAAACGGUGCUCCUCAACAAGGCGGACCGCCGCAGCAGCUCAUUGCGCUCCAGAUCCAAGCGCUGCAGCUCCAAAUCAACCACUUGCAGAACCAGCAAGGCGCGCAAGCCCAAGCGCAAAUCCCCAAUAUGCAGGCCCAGCUUCAAGCCCAUAUCCACGUCCAAGCCCAACUCCAAGCCCACGCCAUACCAGGCCUGGUACCUCCUCAACAGCAGCAGCAACAACAACAACAACAACAACAACAACAACAACAGCUAGCGCCACCCCCACCACAGGUCAACGUGCAAUCUGCCGUUCGCACACAACCCCGCGAGGGCUCCUGGCUCUACAUCCUCGACAUCAUCUCGCCAGGCCAGAACCUCGCCGACUUCGGCUCCACGCACUCCAACGCCGACGUCGACCGCGAGAGCAACCUCCGCCAGCUUGAGCUGGUGAGUUGCGGCUACGUGCGCCUCCCGCACGCCAACCUGGACGAGGCGGGCCUCGAGCCCGCGCACCCGUUCCUGCGGCACCCGUUCUUCUCGAAGCGGUACAACGCGCUCGCGCCGGCGAUGCUGAGCACCAAGGACCCGCUGAUGGGCGAGAUUGUGCAGGAGGUGGACGCGGUGGAGUGCGCGGCGGUGAAUGUGGCGUGGUUCCUGAACACGGGGUGGGAGGAUGAGGGCGAGGCGGCGGCGGUGGAGUUUGAUGGGUGUUUGAGGGGAGGCGAGGGGCGGUUUUCGGGCGUGUUGAGGGCGAGUGAUCGGGUGGGUGCGGCGGCGGAGUGA